GAGAACUCUACAGAAGCUGAGCCUUUUUCUUCCACGGCUCUCUGUGCUAGCAAGACAAGGGGCUGCAGUGCGAAUCUCUCCGCAAAAGGUACUUUCCCUCCUGUGUCAUAUUCUCGCGGCCUCUGGGGAGGGGAAGGUGGUGCCCAGAGCACCCGUGCUUGGGGGGUCUCUGCAUCCAUUCCGGCUGCAGGCCAGAAGUCUCUGGUCAGGCUUGGGGUGACAUUUAAGUUAAAAUAUGCACCAUGCCCCCUUGGCUGCCCCUAUCAGCAGAGACUCGGAUGUGUCAAAGUGCCACCAUGCAGAGCACCAUCAAGCCUGAUAGACAGAACCAACUUGGCAAUAGGCCUGUAUCCUCACGAGGUAAGAGGCAGCAGAGUGCAGUGGUUAGAGUGAGGCUAGGAUUUGAGAGACCCGGGUUCAAGUCUCUGUUCAGCCAUGAAUCUCACAGGGUGAUUCUGGGCCAGUCACUCUCUCAGCCUAACCUACCUCACAGGCUUGUUGUGAGGAUAAAAUGAGAGGGGAACCGUGCACCCCACCCUGAGUUCCUUGGAAGGAAGGUGGGGUAAAAAUGUAAAUAACAAUAAUGGCACAGAGAGAAAAAUAAUUGAAAGCUCCUCAGCUCCCCCUCCCCGCUUUCCCUUAGAUGAUGUUACACACCGUCCCCUCCCCAGCUUCCUUCCUGGAGUUGUAAUAAUGGCCCAUCUGCUGAAGAAAUCGCUCCAGUUUGCCCCUGGGGGGCUGUGACCUGCUCCUUCGGGGUAGGAAGUGGGGACUCCUUAGGGAGACACUUCGGAUGAAGGAGCUGCUGCCAUUUGUUCUGGCAUGAAAGGGGAGUCAAGAGGGGCGGGGGGGGGCUGUGCUGUGGAGACACUGCUGAAAUGUGAUGGGGUCAAGGAUUUCCCAUCUGUGCCCACAUUUGCCCCACAGAAGGUGCAGGUGGUGAGGCUGCUCAACUAGGAGAAGGCAUAACCUCUCUAAACGCCUGCCUGAUGGGCUGGAUGAGAGAGAACAAAGACUCAGUCCAGAUAAGACGGAGGUACUUAAUGUGCAGAGUCAGAACUCGAGACAGUUUUGAUCUGCCCGUUCUGGCUGCGCAGGUCACGCUCCCCCGGAAGGAACAGGUACGCCGUCUGGGAGUGUAUCUGGAUCCAAACAUCUCCUGGGUGUCUCAGCUUGAGGUGAUGGCCAGAGGUGCCUUUUAUCAGUUUCGGCUGAUACACCAGCUGCAUCCGUUGCUUGAGAUAAAUGACCUCAGAACAGGAGAACAUCUGCUGGUCACCUCCAGACUGGACUCCUGCAAUGCGCUCUGUGUGUGGCUGCCUUUGUACGUAGUCCGGAAACGGCAGUUGGUCCAGAAGGCGGCAGCCAGGUGGGUCUCUGGGUCAUCUCGGAGAGACUGUAUUACUCCUAUCUUAAAAGAACGACACUGACUACCAGGGAGUUUCUGGGCAAAAUACAAGGAUGUCUCUGGAAACGCUGCCUUCUUGGCCUUCACGCCCUUCGGGUUUGUGGUGCUGCAGGGGAACAAGCGCGUCCACUUCAUCAAAUGCCACACACUGGGUUGAUGGCUUCAAGGAUUUUUCUACAACCCCCCCUAAACCCCUUUCCUGGAACGAAGUGGCCAAGAUGAAGUUCGAAGGCAAGACGUUCUAUUUAUACGUAAGUCAGAAAGAGGAAAAGAAAAUUGUUCUGACAUAUUUUGCUCCAACUCCUGAAGCCUGCAAGCACCUCUGGAAAUGCGGGAUUGAAAACCAAGCCUUUUAUAAGUUGGAGAAGUCAAGCCAGGUCCGGACGGUAUCCAGCAGCAACUUGUUCUUCAAAGGGAGCCGGUUCCGAUACAGUGGCCGGGUUGCCAAGGAAGUGAUGGAGUCUAGUGCCAAGAUCAAGAGGGAGCCUCCAGAAAUACACAGGGCAGGGCUAGUUCCGAGCCGUAGCUGUCCUUCCAUUACUCAUGGGCCACGGCUCACCAGCGUCCCCAGAACCCGGAGGAGAGCUGUGCAUAUCUCCAUCAUGGAAGGCCUCGAGUCUUUGCGGGACAGCGCCCACUCGACCCCCGUGAGGUCGGCCUCCCACAGCGACGCCUUCCUGCCCCACUCCCGGGCCAGCAGGGCCGACAGCAGCGAGCGCGUGGCCAUCAUUUCGGACGACAUCUACAGCCCUCUGGACAGCGUGCUGCCCACCCCGGUGGCCGAGCACAGCCUGGAGCUGAUGCUGCUCUCCAGGCAGGUCAACGGGGCCCCCUGCAGCAUCGAGGAAGAGAAGGAGUCGGAAGCCAACACCCCCACGGUGGCGGAGGCGGAGGAGCUGCGCGCCUUGUGUCAGGGUAUGGGCAGCGCUGGCAGAGCACAAGCAGGACAGGUGAAUAAGUUUGUUCUAAGUGUCUUCCGUUUGCUCCUUGUGACAGGUGGGCUCCUUCUUGUCUUGCUCCUUCUCCUGAUCAUCCUUACCGAGUCUGACCUUGACAUUGCCUUUUUCCGUGAUAUUCGCCAGACCCCCGAGUUUGAACAGUUCCAUUAUCAAUACUUUUGUCCCCUCAGGCGAUGGUUUGCCUGCAAAGUCCGCUCCGUGCUCAGCCUGCUCAUUGACACCUGAAGGCAGGACUCCUCCUCCUCCUAGUAACUAGCCAGGUGGAUUGAAGAAGAGCCCUCCUGCUCCCCAGCCCCAGCCCCGGGGCACAUCGUGGCACACCAUCGGCACAUGAUAAAAUAAGCCCUCCUCCUCCUCCUCCUCCUCCUCCCAUGACUCAGAGUACACUGCGGCCUAGGAGAGUUGUUGUUUCCGAGCAGAAGGAAGGGAUGGUGGUGAUGAUGAUGAUGAUAGACUCAUGCCAGGCUCCAAGAAUACACUUUUCUUUACAGGUCCUCUUCCUGGAAAUGUCUUCAACAGGUCUGCUUUCCGACUUUUAAAUUAUUCUGCAGUCUUCAAGUUUCCUUUUAGCUUUCAUAGAGGUGUCCACUUCAGAAAUUUCAAGUAAAGAGUUUAUUUUACUACGACUAAUUAUUGCAUCCAUGCCAGCCUCUGGCUGGGACACGAGUUCAAGAGGACAGCAAUUACUUUAUGCAGGAGCUUUUUGUAAUGGUGCUACUGAGUUGUAAUUUUAAUAUUAAAAGUAUCAUUAUUUUAUUAAAACUGCCACUGUGCACAGCA